AAGUUUAGAUAACGCGUGCUGUGGAUGGAAAGUGCGCGCACAGACGGCGCGGUGUGUGUGUGUGUAUAUAUAUCAAUAUAUAUGUGUGUGUGCGCGUGCGCGUGUGUAUGUGCGCGCUGUGAAUAAGCGUUUCGGAAGGAGAGAGGUUUUGGACAUCAUUUUGAGGCAGCUGUUAAAGGAAAAAAAAAAAAGGAAAAGCGUCUGGAGACUUGGUACAGUAAACAAAACGUUUUUUUUUCCUCCUGGAAGUCUUUUUUUUUAUAUAGUUUUUAUAGCCUGUUUUAAUUUCUCUGGGCUUUUUGUUAAUAUUUACGGAACGCACGAGAUGUUUGGACACUGUGCGCUAUAAAGUGUACUCUCAUAUCUUUAUAUAUUAAACAAAAAGAGAGAGAGAGGGGGAGAGAGAUAAUAAGUCCUGCUCUCUAAAUGUGUCACAUAUCAACCAAAAUGGAGCAACCGUUUUAUCAUGACGACUCGUUUCUCUCUGCUUAUGGCACUCCAGACGCCGUGGCCCUGCGCGACUACAAGCAUCUAAAGCAGAGCAUGAGCGCCAGCUUUGUCGAGCCUUACCGCAACUUCAAGGGUGAUUUCUACACGGCCGGGAGCGCAGACACCGGCUCGCUGAAACUUGCCUCUCCGGAGCUGGAGCGUCUCAUCGCGCAGAGCGGCGGAGGCGUGAUCACGAGCCCAACCCCGGGUCAGUACCACCUGUACAGUCGCUCAAUCACAGAGGAGCAGGAAGGCUUCGCGGACGGAUUUGUCAAAGCCCUGGACGAGCUGCACAAGAUGAACCAUGUGGCCCCGCCGAACGUGUCCAUCGGCGCAGGAGGAGUGCCGUCCGUGCAGACCGAGGCGCGCGUGUACGCCACGCUGAACAGCUGCAGCCCCAACACUAGCGUCCAGCAGUCCGCAGCGCCGGGCACCUACCCCAGCGCGACCAUCAGCUAUCUGCCUCAACAUCAUCAGUACCACCAUCACCAACACCAGCAGCAGCAGCAGCAGCAUCACCACAACCAUCACCACCCUCACCAUCCCUUCCAGCACGCUCCGAGGCUCUCGGCUCUCAAAGAGGAGCCGCAGAUCGUCCCCGACGUGCACGGCGCCUGCGCGGACGGCUCGCCGCCGACGUCGCCGGUCGACCUGGAGGAGCAGGAGCGCAUCAAAGCCGAGCGCAAGCGCCUGCGCAACCGACUCGCUGCCACCAAGUGCCGGCGGCGGAAGCUGGAGCGCAUCUCGCGGCUGGAGGACAAGGUGAAGGUGCUGAAGACUGACAACGCCGGGCUGUCCAACACCGCGUCCCUGCUGCGCGAGCAGGUAGCGCAACUCAAGCAGAAGGUCAUGACGCACGUGAGCAGCGGGUGCCAGCUGAUGGUGACGCCGAAGAUCAAGUCGUACUGAGACGUACACGAACUCACGAACAGUCUUUUUUUUUUUUUUUUUUUUUAAUGCAAAAAAAGGGGGAAACACUGGAAGAUUUCUUGACAUUAUUGCAUUGCAGCACUGAAUGAAUUCGAGCGUAUGUUUCUUGUAGAAAACUUUUUAAUGUGUUGCUAUGUGUCUGUUUUUGUUGGGUUUUUUUUU